AUGAAGGAUUACUAUGGGUACUCCACUACUUUCUUCGGGAUCAUGAAUACUCUAUUUAUGCUGUUUUAUGCAAUUGGUAUGUUUUUCACGGGACCAUUAGGAGACAUCUAUCAUCCAGUUAGGGUCUACUUCUUUAUGGCUGCGCUCUGUUGUGUCACUCAAAUCGUAUUCGGCGAUAUGGUCGAUGUGGCGACACAAGAAGGAUGGUAUUACUUCUACUACCUUUUGUGGAUUGUCAAUGCCAUUUUUCAGUCUGGCUGUUGGCCAGCUUCUGUUGUUAUAGUCGGGCAGUACUUCCUUCCUAAAUAUUAUGGUACAGUGUUCGGCAUCUGGUCCAAUAAUGCUAACGUGGGCAACAUCCUUGGUGCUGCUAUGUGCACUCUUAUGAUUGGGGUGUUUGGUAACGAGGCGUCGGUAGCGUGGCAGUUCUUCGGUCCAGCAGUGGUCCUUCUGGCUGUCUCCGCCUUGAUGCUUUAUUUCCUCCCCCGAGACCCGCAGUCAGUCGGUCUUGUUAUACACCCUGACAACGCUCUAGAGGAACCCCUGAGCCGCGAUCGAGGGGAAACUAACGAGAGUACGAGCGAAGUCGCUGCGGAAGAGACACUGAACUUUCUUGCUGCCUGGAAGGCGCCGGGCGUGCUGAUGUACUCUUUUUGCUUCGGCUGUAUCUCCGGCGUUAAUUACGCCAUGUUCUUUUGGUUGCCGCUCUACCUCACUGAGCAUGUUGGUAGGACCUCCGCCGAAGCCAAUGCUUAUGAUAUGCUUUUUAAUUUGGGUGUUAUUGUCGGUACUCUCGUAUUGGGGGUUGUUUCUGACUAUUGUACGGCCAAGUGCGGCGAGUCUUGUCGAGCUCCUCCUAUGUUUGGGUUCCUAGUGCUAGCCAUCAUCCCUAUCGCCAUGCUCCAGGCCAGCCGUCCUUCUACCAGCUUCCUCACAAUCACUGUCUUUACCUGUGGUUUUUUAGUAGGAUCAGUUGCGAACGUCCUCUCGAGUGUAGUGUGUGCUGAUCUCGGCCAUAAGAUGCCGAAGAAGGCAGUAGCUCAGGUGUCGGGUAUUAUCGAUGGUGUGGGAGCUAUUGGGGCCGCUCUGAUGCAGCUACUGGUGACAGUCAUCGCACAGUACUCCAGCUGGGGGUACGUCUUCAUUGUAUUGCCUGUUGCCUUGGCACUCAGUGCUGUCAUCCUGGCCAAGGUGGCCUAUGAGGAAACCAUCGAUCUGAUCAGACAUUUGUGA